AUGGCUGAGGCGUCCCGUUGGCACCGAGGCGGGAUUCCAAAACAUAAGCUGCCUUUCAGAGAGGAAGAAAUUAGAACGACACCUCAGGAGUUACUAUUCUAUAUUAUUUUUUUAAUAAUCCUAUGUAUAUUGACAUUUGGAAUGACAAACCCACACAUGUAUUACUUAAACAAAGUUAUGUCAUCUCUGUUUUUGGACACUUCUGUGCCUGGUGAUGAAAGAAGCAACUUUAAGUCUAUUUGCAGGACAGCUGAUUUUUGGAAGUUUAUGGAAGGACCCCUUUUGGAAGGUCUGUACUGGGACUCACAGCACAAUGACAAAAGCAGUCGCAUCUACUACGAGAACAUAGUUCUAGGAGUCCCCAGAGUCCGUCAACUCAAAGUCCGAAACAACACGUGCAAGGUCUAUCCAUCUUUUCGGCCUUUAAACAUGACUGACUGUUAUGCCAAAUACACUUCUGAAAAUGAAGACGUAUCUGAUUUUGGCCUUAAACAUGAUACUGAAUGGAAGUACUCUGCUCCUAGUACCAACUCCCCGUGGCACCAGGGAUUUGUUGGUGUUUACCGCAAUGGGGGAUAUCUUUUCACUUUAUCAAAAUCAAAAUCUGAAACCAAAACCAAGUUAACUAAACUUCAACAGAACAGCUGGAUCACAAGAGGAACUCGAGUUGUUUUUACUGACUUUUCAUUAUACAAUGCUAAUGUAAACCUGUUUUGCAUCAUCAGAUUGGUGGCAGAAUUCCCUGCAACUGGAGGAAUACUUACUUCGUGGCAGUUUUAUUCUGUGAAGCUCCUCAAAUAUGUUAGCUACUAUGAUUAUGUUAUUGCUUCCUGUGAAGUCAUAUUUUUUAUUUUUCUUAUUGUUUUUGCAAUACAGGAAGGCAAAAAAAUAAAAGAAUUCAAGUCUGCCUAUUUCAAAAGUAUUUGGAAUUGGCUAGAAUUACUACUUUUGAUAUUGUGUUUUGUGGCCAUUUUCGUCAACUUACACUGUAAUAUACAAAAUUUUCUGUUACUUGAACCGCUGUUAAAAAGUACUGAGAAAUAUCCAGACUUCUAUUUUCUUGCAUCCUGGCACAUUUAUUACAGCAGUGUAAUUGCUAUUACCAUCUUCUUUGCAUGGAUAAAGAUAUUCAAAUUCAUAAGCUUCAAUAAGACCAUGUUUCAGCUGUCAUCAACUUUGUCCCGCUGCAUCAGAGACAUAGUAGGAUUUGCCACCAUGUUUUUUAUCGUCCUCUUUGCUUAUGCCCAGUUAGGGUUCCUUCUUUUUGGAUCACAGGUUGACGACUUUUCCACUCUUCAAAAUUCCAUAUUUGCACAGUUUCGAAUUGUUCUUGGGGAUUUUAAUUUUGCUGGUAUUCAGCAAGCCAGUCCUGUCUUGGGACCCAUUUACUUCAUCACCUUCAUCUUUUUCGUGUUCUUUAUCCUGUUGAACAUGUUCUUGGCAAUAAUUAUUUAUGCCUAUUCUGAAGUGAAAACCGAUUAUUCAAUAGACAGAAGGCCAGAUUUUGAACUCGGUAAAAUGAUUAAAAAGUGUUACAACAAUGUCCUCGAAAAACUCAAACUAAAGAAACCUGAAAAGGAUGAAGACGAUAAAGAUAUAAAAAGCACAGAUUUGGCUGAACAAGCCAGAAGAGAAGGCUUUGAUGAAAAUGAGAUUCGAAGUGCAGAACAGAUGAAAAAAUGGAAAGAGAGGCUGGAGAAAAAGUAUUAUUCUACAGAAAUUCAAGAUGACUACCAGCCUGUCACUCAAGAAGAAUUUAAAGACCUGUUUUUAUAUGCUGUGGAGCUGGAGAAAGAAUUACACUACAUCAGUUUAAAACUCAACCGAGUGAUGAGAAAGGUCUCGGCUCUACCCUACUGAGUCAAGUGGAGGUG